AUGAACGUGGAGGCCUUUGUUAUUUCGAUCCGGAAUCGUGAAGCUAUAUGGAACCAACAACUGAGUGACCACCAUAAUAGAUAUACGUUGGACAAGCUUUGGAAGGAGGUUGGAGCAGAAAAUAAUUGUUCAGUGAAAGAAGCUCAAAGCAAAUGGAAGUCACUGAGGCACUACUACAGAAAGGAGGUGAGGAAAAUGCAGGAGGAGAGGUCGGGAUCCAGCGCUGAUUCAGUUCAUAAAUCUAAUUGGCCCUAUUUCUUGAUGUUAGAUUUUCUGAGAACUCAAUUCAAAACCAGACCUACUUCUGGAAAUCUUAUGAAGAAACAAAAGACUAAUGUGGACCAGUCUGUAGCUACAAUUUGCGAUGAUCUAUCUGUAAGCAAACAUCAACUGCAUGUCGAAAACACGGAUGAGAUGUAUGCAGAAAGGUGUCUUUCAGGCAUAGCCUAUCCCGAAAAGGUGGACAACGGGUGGAAGAACCCAGGCCAGGAUAACGUUUAUGUGUACUAA